UUUAUCAUUUGUCGAAUUCUGAAAUUUCGAUGUCAGUGUCGAAAGGCAUUUGAUCGUCGAUGUGAAAUUUUGGAAAACCAAUUAAAUUAAAACUUUAUGAUAUAAUAAUCCACGACAUGGGUGGAAAUACUAGUAGAACAAGAAAAAUAACAAUAGAAAAUGAUAAUGCAGCUAACGUUAUAAAAGUAUCAGAUGAUGUUGUCGAACGCCUUAAAGGAAAACAAAAACAGGUAAGAAAUCAAGAGCCAGAGGAAUCAUUAUCCGCAUCCAACAAUGUUCAGAUUCUUGGAGUUCCUUUAUUUCUGCAAGAACCUAGUCUAACCUCGCUUCAAAUUCGGCAGCAAAAGCUGGAGGAAUUAAAGAAAAAUGAUGAGUACUGGGAAAAUAGGAUCAAGAAUUUAGAAGAUUGUCAUAAGAAGAUAAACGAUAUUAUGGAGGAAGAAUACAAGAAGACUUUGGAUACUAAGAAGGUGCCACUGAAGGAUUCUAGAGAAAUAUCAAAACUUUUACCGCCAUGUCAUGAUGUUCAACAGGAGGUCUUAGCUUGUUAUAAGGAGAAUGCAAAAAACCCAAUGAAAUGUUCAAAUAUUGUACAAGCUUUUCAAGAUUGUGUAGAUGAGAAGAGGACCGAUAUAAUGGCAGGAAGGUGCUGAGCAAACACGUUGGAAAGAAUGUAAUAGAUUAUACAAAUACAGAAAUUAUGUAUUUAGUCUUCUUGUAAAUAUGAAAAAACUCAAUUGAA